CUUUCAUUCUCACUUUCUCGGGAAAAAUUGAAGCCACUUCUCUCUUUCAUUCUCUCACUGUGUUUGUUGUUCUAAUUCUUCGCCAAUCAGGUGCAAUCCUUUUCAUAUACAAGCAUGAUCACUUUCUUAAAUCGAUUUUUUUUCCCAGCAUAUUUUGCGGAGAAGUAGUAUUCAAGUUAAUUUUCUCGGAAAAUGAACAACACACGCGCCAUUGUCUACGGAUGUAACUCAUGCUUAACAUUCUUCACAGACCGCUCACAGCUCUGUGCAAAUUUCUCUGAUCAUCAGAAUCCACCUAACGCGAUCGUUCGGCUCUUCGAUACAGCAAGGAAUGUGUACCAAAUAGAAGCAGCAGAGAUUCGAAUUAAUGGUAGUUUUUUACUUGAUCACGAGGGGGAAAACCUUCAGAUGCGAUUGGCCGCUGUUAACUGUGCUGGGUGUCAAACUGAAUGUGGCUGGAAAAUUAAUGCAGCUAAUCCACAUCCUCUAAUCCGACCCGGCCAAUAUUUACUCAAAGCAAGGUCAUUCUUGGAAUCUCAGGCAAGGAGACUUCCAUGACAUACUUUUAAGGUCUACAGAACUCAACGAGAUCCACCGUAUUGCAAACUUUUGUGCUGUGGAAUUCUACUUCCCCUACAAUAAUUGGAUUGCCAAUUUAGAUUGUUUCUCAAUUUUUCUUUCUCCCUCCAAUUUUUUUAUUUUUAUUUUUAUUUUUUA